AUGUCGCGUCCGACGCCUCCUCUCUGCAGGCAGGAGAGUAUCGAAUCUACUCGACAGGUUGCCCAUUCUUCAUUCUUGCAGGAAAAGCUACAGAAGGAACGCAGGGCCGAAAGUGACAAGUUCAAUCAGUCACAGUCGUCGUUGGCCAGAUCGAAUCCGGAUAUGAGCCUUUCAGCUGACCUCGGACGAGCACCAAACUCCCCGUUAAAGACCAGCACGGAAGGAACCAGACCACAAUCCAGCGCUGGCGUUGUCCAAGGCAAAAAGAAGGGUUUGGGUGUCAAGGAAAUGGAAAAGGUGGUAUCUAACCUGCAUAAGCAAAAUUUCGACUUGAAGCUCGAGCUUUAUCACAGGCGCGAGAGACAGACGACACUAGAGGAGCGGGUCGACGCUUUGGAAAGCGACAAGCAACGCAUGGAGGAAGUCAACGACAAGCUACUAAUAGAGCUAGAGAAGCGUGACAAGGCAGUCGAGGAGGCCGUCGCCAUGAUUGUCAACUUGGAGGCAAAGGUGGAUCAGUUAUUUCGUGAGCGGGCCAUGGUGCAGCAAGUUGAGAUCGAAGGCUUCUUUUGCCCCCGCGAUUACGACACGGGCUGCAAGACGCCUGUCCCUCAAAGUGCGACGCCGGAUCUCACCCAGUUGGAAGAGGAUGCCAAGGUUGUCAACCGUAUGCCCAGCUUCUUAUCCGACCAUAGUGAGACGACCCAAAACCUCCGCAAUGUGUACUUGGGGACCAAAGCCAGCACGCUGAGUUUGACGCGCGUAGCUGAAGGCUCCCCCGAAGCCGAUAAUGUGCAAGAGUUAGGUAGCCCGACACUCAGUGUGCUGAGCGAGAGCUCCUUUGUGAGUGUUUACGGUCGGAAGGAGAAAGUCGUACGCGCCGACAAGAUCGCCGCAGAUAUUGAUGAGGCUACGGUUUUAGACGGAGGGGAUUCAAGUCAUACUAAGCAAGUGAACGGCGAGCAAUCAGAGCGCAACCACACUCGACCGGUAGCUUCGAGUAGGAGAGCUGACUCGCGCGCCACUUCUACGGGGAAAUUCAAAUCCAUUACGGACGUGAUCACCGGCUCACCUCUAGGGCGCCCGGAACAGCUCGACUUGUCGCGCGGAGGUGGGAAGGAAUCAGGCCGCCCUCGGGGUCAAGGCAAAGAGUAUUCGAAAGCUCAGCUGCUGCCCGACAAACUACUAGGACUGAAAAGUGCAAAAGACAAACGCGAUGCUCUCCGUGGAGUAACGACGACGGACGGACAGGGCGGUGUACGAUUACAUGAUCAGGCGCUUCCUCCCACGCCGGAUACCAUAUCGAGCUCGAUGCUGCGCCGGUUCAAAUCCUCAAACGAGACGCUUUCACAACAUGAUGCAGCCGACGAGAAUGGUAACGGGGUUGUGCUAUCUCAUCUCGGUGGUCAAGGCGGCGGCCAGCGAGGUAGCCAGUUGGCAACGAUACCCAACGGACCCCCAGAAGAGGCAGAGAGUUGGGCUUCACCGAGUAAACGAGCCAUUGACCUGCUUUUCGAGGACCGAGGACCUCUCAUUCCUCGCCCACGAUCUGCAGACGAGUCUACCGUGUCUCACAGGAGAGGCAAAGGCUGGGACAGCGACGACGAUGACGACUCAGACGCACACUCACUUGAAUCGAGUCUUGAUAUCUGGAUGCGCGAAAGCGCACAGCCCUCGAGAAAUGAGAGCCGUGUGUCACCCGAUCUAUUCGGUUUUCCUACAGACUCGGCCAAGGGAAGCUGGGCAAUGGUAACCGCAUUUAAACCAAACGGUGAUCUGGCGGAUAAUGUUUCACUGCCACCGGGCGGAUUCGACCGCAUGCCCGAUCUCUUCUCCGUGAGGCAGGGUCUUUUUGCCGGUACUGCACCACCGCCGCCUAAUAGAAGAUCUAGCCUGCACGCACGGACUGGGUCAACAUCAGAAGCGGCGACGUCUCAAGGGACAAUUAUUCACGGAGCUGAUCAGGCUCUUUCUUCGACCGCACGUCGUCGAAGCUACCACAGUAGACAAAACAGCGUAGACUUGGGAAGAAGGGAUGACAUGAGAACACCGGUUCAGAAAGAACAAUUUGCCUCACCGCCGCCGCCCAGCAGCGACCAGAAACCGAAGCACUAUCCUCCGAUUACGGGUCAACAACAUGGAGCGCGAGCUGGUCUCAACAGGCUCUUCCGACGAUCUACCAGUGGUGCUCCGCCGGGGCCGACCUCUGAACAAUCCACCUCUGGGGAAACAACCAUCUCCGAAGCACUGAAGAACGUUUCCACGAUAGGUGUCCCAUCAUGGGCAAGGCGAAAUUCCGCAACGGAGGACGACAGAUCGGGGGCUACUCCGCCGCCGAUCAUGCUCAACCCUCGCCAGUGCCGGCGUAACACAAUGGGAGCGGAAGGGGACACGGAAAAGCCGCCAGCAGACGACCUCGGCCGCAGCAAGACGCCUGGCCCAGCGUUUGCCGCAGUCACCCCUGUCACUGCUCCAUCAGCCGAUGUAGAAAACAGUCCGGCAGCAGCAGGGUCUUCGAGCUCCAGCACUCGAAGGAGAUGGCUGCCCGGCUUUUCACGGACAAACAACUCGAGGAGCAAGGCGGGCUAG